AAAAAUCCUAAAGGCAAAUAAAAAAUACUAUAGUGGAUUGUACAUCUUCUAGAGCCUUUGGUGUUCUCUUCAAGAAUUUUUUGAGGAAUUACAGAAUCCUGGAUGGAACUUUGAGUUGGAACCUGACCUGAUUCCUGGAACUUGCAAAAAAAAAGAAAAAGGAAAAGGUUAUAUGAAGGCAUCAUAGUGGACUUCAGGAAUACAUCAAGGCCUUACAGCAAGACAGUUUUGUUCUAGUUUUGUAUCCAAAUUCAGAUUCAACCUGAUAUAUAUUGAGAUCAAAAUCCUUUUUCUUUGCUUUCUGAGGAUUUACACUCUCACUCGCAUAUAUUUAAAACAAUGAAAGAGAAUGCAGAGUUUCUACAGUAAUAUCACGUAAGAACUUAAUCCGGGCAAGAAGAAUUUACUGAGAACACUGCAUAAGUAAUGUUGUUGACAAUGUUAUAGAGUUAUCAAAGAGAAAAAUAGUGUAAUCCAUUUUCACGUAACAAUCUGGGUACACAACCUCUAAUUUUGAGGAGAAGAAGAAUAGAUCGAUCCAAGUUUCAAAACAUCUAGAAUGGGUUUUGCUGAACUUUUAGACAGAGUUGGAGGGCUAGGACGUUUUCAAAUUAUACAACUUGUCCUGCUCUGUAUUCCAAUAUUUCUGAUGGCUAGUCAUAACCUUCUUCAGAACUUUAGUGCUGCAAUCCCUGACCACAAAUGUAAAGUAAACGAGAGUGCAGCCUUUAACACCAGCACAGUUGAUAGGGAAGGGUGGAAAAUGGUAUUCUCUCCGAUGGAUUCUGAUGGCAGCAUUCACAGAUGUUUGGAGUUUGUUAACAUUCAGUGGAGGAUGGUGUCUGCAAACAACUCUUGGGACAAUGCCACCAAUGUGGACACAAGAUCAUGCAAAAAUGGAUGGGAAUACGACAAGAAAGAGUUCAGUUCAACCAUUAUCACAGAGUGGGAUUUAGUGUGCAGCCAAAAGAAUAAACGUCAGUUGGCACAAUCCAUAUACAUGGCAGGAGUGUUGGUGGGAGCCAUCAUCCUAGGUGGUCUUUCGGAUAGGUAUGGACGAAGAGCACUGCUCAUCUGGUCUUACUUACAAAUGGCUGUCAGUGGGAUCUGCACAGCAUUCUCCCCAAAUUACAUCGCUUAUUGUGUGUUCCGUUUCCUUGGGGGAAUGGCUUUGUCUGGAAUUAGUCUGAACACCACUGCAUUAAUUGUGGAGUGGAUUCCAACUAAAGUUCGCACAAUCACAGGCACAAUAGCAGGAUAUUGUUACACAGUUGGACAACUUCUCCUGGCAGGAUUAGCGUAUGGCAUACGAGACUGGCGUUGGCUGCAGCUAUGUGUCUCUUUACCUUUUAUUUUCUUCUUUUUAUACUCCUGGUGGUUUCCUGAAUCUGCCCGUUGGCUUGUUCUGUCUGGAAAACCUGAACAAGCAGUCAAGGGGAUGAAAAAAGUAGCAAUUUUAAAUGGGAAGAGAGAAGAAGGGGAGAAGAUAACUUUAGAGACGCUGAAAACUGAUAUGAUAAAAGAGAUGGCUUGUGGAAAGGAAACCUACAGUGCUCUAGACCUGGUCAGAACUGGAACAAUGCGCAGAAUAUCUUGUGGCAUGAGCUUUGUGUGGUUCUCCACCAGUUUUGCCUAUUAUGGACUAGCUAUGGAUCUUCAGAAAUUUGGAGUCAGCAUCUAUCUCAUCCAGGUUAUUUUUGGGGUUGUUGACAUACCUGCUAAACUAGUUUCCACCACAAGCAUGAUCUACAUUGGACGGAGGGUCACCCAGUGCAUUUCACUCUUUCUUGGUGGACUGGCUGUUUUGGCAAACAUCUUUGUACCAGCUGAUCUUCCGGUCCUGAGGACCAGCCUGGCAGUGUUUGGUAAAGGGUGUUUUGCUUCAGCAUUUAGUUGUGCUUUUCUCUACACCACGGAGUUGUACCCUACUGUUAUAAGACAGAGUGGCCUCGGUCUGGGCAGCACCAUGGCACGUCUGGGUGGCAUUGUGGCACCUCUGGUAAAAAUGCUGGGAGAUUUUUACCCUUUCCUGCCUCUUGUCAUCUACGGAGGAGCCCCCAUCAUAUCAGGACUCAUGGUCUACUUCUUACCAGAGACUGUCAACAAACCACUGCCAGACACUAUAGAGGAAAUAGAGAUGGGCAAAAAAACACAAAAAAAACAGAAGGAAAUUGUGCCUUUACAGUCCCCGAAGACAAACACUGCACUCCAAGAAAUGUCAGACGGGCAUGAGAAAUAAAAACUCCAUCAUUGAUUGCCUACUUUGCAAAAAGCAAUGAUCUAUUCUUUACUUGAGCUCUUGGGAGGAUACUGGGAUGUAUUUAGUAAGGGAAUAUUGAGGAACUAAGAAGAAUGUAAUUGUAAUAAUUGAUGAGUGUGUAUUAGUUUGACUUAUGCAUGUGUUUUUCUGUGACUGGGAUAUAUGAGCUGUUAUUUACAUACCUCCGGUGUUUGUAACUUAGAAUCUUAGAAUCAUGUUGAGUUGGUAAGUGCUUGGGAUCACUCAUGUUUGUGUGUUACUAUAGGUGUGCGUCCAUUCUCCAUGAAUCCCAACUGUCCUGAUUUAGUUAUUUUAUUUAGUUUAUUUUGGAGUCCUGUCCCAGCAUCUUAACUUGGUUCCCUAGGAUCCCAACUACCAUAGAGCAUUAGAUUACCUUUAGAUGUCUUCUAUUCAACUUAUAGUGGUUAUGAUUCAAUGACUAUAAAAGUGUGAUCUAUAUUACCAUUUCAAGUUGUUUGGCAAACAUUGUGGGAUUUCCCCCUUUAUAACCACUGUUUUGAUGAAGAAUUUUAACCUAGAAUUUAUAUUACCCGCACUCACAGCCACGUCUUUACCUUUUAUUCCCAAAGUUAUUUCUUUUAUAUUUCCCCCACCAGUCUAUUUGUUUUUCUUUCCUAUAAUUUCUGCAGUGACUCCUUUUUCAUAAUUUCUUUCCCUCAAAAUUCUCCCUUCAUCCUAGGACUUGAGAGUCUUCCAGCUCUAGCACAAAUUAGUCUAGUAUUGCCGUAGUAUAAGUCCAAUGACAGUAUACUGAAAUGCUAUCACAUCCAUACUCUUCAUUUUAUCCAGGUAUCCCCCAUAUAUUUACCUGAAUAUCCACCUAUAUCCCCCGCCGCAGAACGUUCUGCUGGAAUGUUUUCCGAUUUCCUUGCCACCCAAUACUUUUCCCUUCUCCCCUGCACUACCAUACUGUUUAAUUAUUUUGUUGAUGAGGUCUAGAAGGCUGUCAUGAUCUUGUGCAGGUCAGAUAGGAGACUUUUGCCAG